AUGUAUUGCUAUGUAUUACCAUGUAUUGCUAUGUAUUACCAUGUAUUGCCAUGUAUAGCCAUGUAUAGCCAUGUAUUACCAUGUAUCACUGUGUAUUACCAUGUAUUACCAUGUAUUGUCAAGUCUUACCAUGUAUUGCCAUGUAUAGCCGUGUAUUGCCAUGUAUUGCCAUGUAUUACUAUGUAUUGCGAUGUAUUACCAUGUAUUACAAUGUAUUGCCAAGUAUUGCCGUGUAUAGCCAUGUAUAGUCAUGUAUUGCCAUGUAUUGCCAUGUAUUACCAUAUAUUACCAUGUAUUGUCGUGUCUUACAAUGUAUUGCUACGUAUAGCCAUGUAUUACCAUGUAUUGCCAUGUACUGCCAUGUAUUGCCAUGUAAUGCCAUGUAUAGCCAUGUAUUGCCAUGUAUUGCUAUUGUUACGUAUAUGGUUGUUUUUACUAUAUUUAGCGGUUUGUAAGUUUAUGCAUACUAGGAUGCAUCUUACAUGAAGGAGGCAUUAAAAGCAUGACAUUGGGCUACGUUGUCGCGCUGUGUAAAACCGAACAUAAUGUCAGAAUUUUAUGCUUAUUUUACCGCGAGCUAGAUACGCUCAACAAGAGAAGUCCAGUUUACAGUCAAUGAAAGCGGUUCCAUGCAUAGCGGACCAAUUUUCAAGCGAAUUCAUGCGACUGAGAGUAUCUCAAGCCGUUUAGUUCACUGGACCACGUGCGAGUAUAGAGCAAUGCAAACAUCUCCAGAAGCGGCGCCGUCGGCGCCAGUUCAAAUAAUCAGUGUUCCUUCAAAUUUUCCAGUACCAAGCGCUAUGGUUUGCAAAGGCGAUCUCACCAGUAACUGGGAAUUUUUUAAGCAACAAUGGCAGGAUUACGAAGUGGCAACAGGAUUGGAUCAAAAGAGUCAAGCGAUUCGUGUGGCGACCUUUCGUUCAGUCAUGGGAGAAGACUGUCUCCAGAUCUUUCUUAAUCUUAACUUUGGCGAUGAAGAAAUCACGAUCACGUCAUCGUUGUCUGCGCUAGAAGAUUAUUUUCUUCCUAAACGAAACGUAGUGUACGAAAGGUAUGUUUUCAAUUCCUGUAUUCAAACACCUGAGGAAACUGUUGACGGCUAUGUUAAUAGGUUGAGGAAACUAGCAUCCUCUUGUCUGUUUGGAACACUCACCGAAGAGAUGAUUCGUGAUAGGCUUGUCGUGAUUGUGCUUGUCAGCACAAAAAGCUAGAUAUGCUCCGGGAGAAAGAUUUAUCCUUGGAUAAGGCUCUCGACAUGUGCAAAUCGAGUGAGAUUACAAACAAGCAGAUCAAGUCGUUUCAGCACGAAAGCAAGCAGUCGAAUGAAGAGCUUCAUCUAGUCCAAGACAGAAGUAAAACAAGACCAUUAAAGGUUCAAAGAAAACGUGGAAACGCAAGUUUUGUGGUCAGGCCAAAUGGCAUUCAAAGCCCACCGAUUGCAAUGUAAAAUUUGUAAGAAGAUGAAUCACUUCAGCAAAGUGUGUUUGUCAAGAAAAGAUCGCCGUGGAACCGUCCAUUUUGCAGAAGAAGCUAAAGUCGAUGAUUAUGAUUCAGAUUUCUACAAUUAAAGGGCAUGGAAAGCAAAUGACAUCCAGCAUUACAUUUUUGGUAGAUGAUGAUGAGAAAGUACCGUUAGUUUGUCAGUUAGACACUGGUUCCACCUGCAAUGUGAUCAGCUACACGGAUCUAGUCCAGCUGUUGCAAGAUGGCAAUCCUCCUCUAAACGUGACCAAAUCUAAGCUCAAAUUAUUUGAUGGUACCUUCAUGCAACCAGUAGGUGUAGUAAGAAGUGGAAAACAGUACGACCUGCAAUUCCAAGUAGUAGAGAGCCGGAAUAAGCCCCUUCUAUCAGCUGAGACAUGUGCACAGUUGGGUCUUCUUAAGGUGGAAAUAGAACCCUAUGAAGAGGUCCACUCACUGGAAAGCAAAUUCCUCACUAGAGAGCAAAUUAUGGCCAACUACGGGGAUGUUUUUGAAGAAUUAGGACAUAUUGGAAACACGACAAUUGUCACUGAUCCUCUGGUAAAUCCCACACAGCACUCUGCACGCCGAGUUCCAAAAGCCCUCAGAGAUAAAGUUAAAGAAAAACUGGAGGACUUAGAAAGCAAAGGAAUUGUGGAAAAGGUCACCAUACCAACAGAAUGGAUUAGCAGCAUGGUAGUGGUCACCAAGCCAAGCAAGAUAAGAAUUUGUCUUGAUCCCCAAGAUCUGAAUAAAGCAGUCAUUCGCCCCAAGUAUGAAAUGCCAACCCUAGAUGAAUUACUACCCAAGCUCAGUAAAGCAAAGGUAUUCACCACUUUGGAUGCUAAAGAUGGUUUUUAUCACGUUGAAUUAGAUGAGCAGAGCAGUCUGAAGACCACAUUCUGGACACCCUUUGGCCGCUAGAAGUACCUAAGGUUACCUUUUGGAAUUAAUCUAGCUCCAGAAGAGUUUUUACGUAAACUCCAUGAGAAGCUGGAAGGUCUUCCUGGGGUAGCAGUGAUAAGGGAUGAUAUAUUGGUUAUGGGCUAUGGAGAAAAUGAAGUUGAAGCUAAUAGAAAUCAUGAUGAGAACUUGACCCGCCUACUUGAGCAGGCUCGCAAAGCCAACCUACGCUUAAACAGCAGCAAUUUAAAUCUUCGUAAGACUGAAGUCAAAUUCAUGGGUCAUCUAAUUACAAAAGAUGGUCUAAAGCCCGAUCCAGAAAAGAUUAAGGCUGUUCAGCAAAUGCCAAGACCCACAUCUAAGAAGGAGCUGCUGGGCCUGCUGGGAUUUGUAAAUUAUUUAUCUAAGUUUCUUCCAAAGCUGUCCGAAGUUGUGCAGCCACUGAGAGAAAUGACCGCAAAGGAAGCAAAGGUCAUCUGGUCACAGCAGCAUGAGACAGCAUUCAAGGAAGUACGUGAGCUAGUAGUCAAGCAUCCUGUGCUUAAGUAUUAUGAUGUACAAGAACCAGUGGUGGUGCAGUGUGAUGCCAGCGAACGUGGGUCAGGAGCAGCCCUUCUGCAAAACGGCCAACCCGUUGCUUUUGCUUCACGAUCUUUAUCACAGACUGAGAGAAAGUACGCCCAAAUUGAGGAAGAGUGUUUGGCUAUUGUCUUCUCCUGCGAAAGAUUUAGUCAGUACCUUACUGGUCGUAAGAAAAUCACAGUUGAAACAGACCACAAGCCGUUGCGGAGCAUCUUCCGAAAGAUCAUUCUUUCUGCUCCUUGUCGCCUGCGACGUAUGUUACUAAGGCUGCAGCGCUUCAAUCUUGAUGUUAACUAUAAGCCUGGCACUCAGAUGUUCAUUGCCGAUCACCUCUCCAGAGCCUCACUGAAAGCUACAGACAACACACAAGACAAUUUUCAAGUAUUUGUUCUUGAGCUCGAGUCACUCAAUCCUUUUGACUCUAUCAAAGUAGCCCCUGAGAGAUUAACACAGUUGCAGAAAGCCACAGCCCAAGACCUGGCUCUAGAAACCCUUAAGACAACAGUAGUUGCCGGCUGGCCUGAGAAGAAAGAACAAGUGCCAAUACAAGUGAGAGAUUUUUGGAAUUACAGAGAAGAGAUUUCACUCCACAAUGGGAUUUUGUUCAAGAACCAAAGAGUGAUAGUCCCUAAAGCCAUGAGACCAGAGAUACUUUCGAGGAUCCAUUAAGUCACCAAGGUGUUGCUUCAUGUUAAGAAAGGCUAGAGAUAUUGUGUUCUGGCCAAGAAUGAGUGCUGAAAUCAAAGACCAGGUUGAGAAGUGCUCAGUAUGUGCCGAAUUUCAAGCCAAGAAUGCAAGUCAGCCAAUGCUGUCACACCAAAUUCCUGACCGUCCUUGGAGUAAGAUAGCUACAGAUUUGUUCGCAUUACACUCCAAGAACUACAUCACGGUUGUGGACUACUUUUCAGACUUCAUUGAAGUUAGUGAGCUGCAGGACACUACUUCCACUUCAGUCAUAAAGGCUCUGAAAGAGCAGUUUAGCAGACACGGUAUCCCGGAUACAGUAGUUUCAGACAAUGGAUCCCAGUUCAGCAGCCAAGAGUUUCAUGAGUUCGCCCUCUCCUGGGAAUUCCAUCAUGUCACAUCUUCACCUCACCAUCCAAAGAGUAAUGGUAAAGCAGAAUCGUCUGUAAAGAUUGUUAAGCAGCUUUUCAAGAAAGCAGAGCGUGACAGACAAGACCCCUGGCUAGCUUUACUCGACUAUCGUAACACCCCCACAGAAGGUGUAAGGGCAAGCCCCGCCCAGAGGCUUAUGUCAAGGCGAACCCGUACCUUGUUGCCGACCGCUGCAAGUCUGCUGCGCCUUACUGUAAAUCACAGUUCUGUUGAUAGUCUUCAGCUGAAAAGACAAAAGGUCAAAUUCUACCAUGACAAACAUGUCAGACUGUUGCCGGAGCUGGUAAUUGGGCAGGAAGUGAGAGUCACACCCCUUCGUAAGAAUCAAACAUGGGAGCAAGGAAUCUGCACUGAGAAGCUUUCAGACAGGUCAUACGUAGUUCAGUCGGGUGGAACGUCGUUAAGAAGAAACAGGCAGUUCCUAAAGUUUGCAAGGGAACCGUCAGUACAAGCAAAUACAGACGCCAACCUUGACAAUGUUGCACACAGAGAUCCGGUACCAGCAGUCCUGCCGAAACCUCCACAAGUUGCGACAUUCCUGAAGAGACAAAGCUUCAGUACCUGGUAUCAAGACAAGGACCCGCAGCAUUCGUUCACCAGUGAGAUUCAAGGAUUUUGACAUGAAAUGUUGAACUGUUCGAGACUUUGAAAGGUUGAACUAUUUGACGCUUUGAAAUGUUGAACUGUUUGAGACUUUGAACAUUUUAGUUUUUGGGGGGUCUAGGGUCGGUCAGUCUGAUCAGAUUCCACUUAAGAGAGGACAGUGUUCUGAUUGAGUUAGUUAAACUUUUGAUUGCUUAUUUUUUUUUUGUUAAGAAAAGGGAGAUGUUACGUAUAUAGUUGUUUUUACCAUAUUUAGCUGUUUGUAAGUUUAUGUAAACUAGGAUGCAACUUACAUGAAGGACGCAUUAAAAGCAAGGCAUCGGGCUACGUUGUCGCGCUGUGUAAAACCGAACAGCCAUGUAUUACUAUGUAUUACCAUGUAUUGCCAUGUAUUGCCACGUAUGGCCAUGUAAUACCAUGUAUAGCCAUGUAUUGCCAUGUAUUACCAUGCAUUACUAUGUUUUACCAUGUAUUGCCAUGA